AUGGCGUACGAAGGCGGUUUUGAAAUCCGUCUUCUGGAAUUUGCAGCGAGGACAAUGAACAUGUCGAUUGUGUACAGACAUCCUCCUUCUGAACUGUGGGGUGAAAAGCUUGAAAAUGGUUCCUGGACAGGGAUAUACAAGGAAUUAAUGUUGGACACGGCUGACAUUGCAUUUGCCGGUACUAUACUGUCUCAGAACGAGACAUUGGACAUGGACUUCACUGUAAGUCACGGUCCUCUGGGCUUCAUGUGGGUAGUGCCAUGCGCUAAACCAUUCCCUCGAUGGAAAAGCAUCACAAGAGUGUUCUCCCUGACAGCCUGGCUUCUCAUCUUCAUGACAAUACUCCUUGCUGCCGGCAUAUUGACAUGCCUAGCGAAGUGUGGGGUCCACGAACUGACAUUGUACAAGACUCUGUCUGGGUGUCUGUUCUGCACCUGGGCAGUGGUUCUGGGUGUAUCACCAAGCUCAGCGCCCAGCUCUGUACCGGUGAGGUUCUUCUUCAUCCUUUGGAUGUGGUACAGCGUAGCGAUCAACACUCUAUUCCAGACAUUCGUCACUAGCUAUCUCGUUGAUCCAGGACUUCAAAAACAGAUACAAAGUAUUGGCGACAUUUUGCGGUCUGGAGUUCAGUAUGGAUUUCAUCCAGAUUUGAAUGCAAGUCUGCAGGACGAAUCGAACAAACACCUAAUAGAAAUUGUGACACACAGCGAGCCUUGUAACUUCGUUGAGGCUUGUACCCAGAGAGUUGCAAAACGUGGUGAUUUCGUGACAAUUAGUAACCAUCACAGGGUUGAAUAUCUCAAUACUUAUAAGACCCUGGGUGACAAUGGGGAAGCCCUUCUGUGUACUUUUGGUGAUAAAGUCAUUCUCAGUUUCAAAACUUUCUAUCUACCUCAAGGAAGCCCGCUGCUGUACCGAUUCAACCGUGCCAUCAGUGUCGCAGUGCAAGCCGGGCUGGUAGAAUACUGGUGGCAAAGUGAGUUAGUCACCUCCAGGAUUAAAGCUGCGUCAAUUCGAAAAAUUUCUCCUCUUGAUAACUAUUCCACAUUCCUUUUGAUAUAUCUUCAGCCAGCCUUCUAUCUCCUCCUCCUUGGACACUGCUUCGCUUUUCUCACAUUUGUUGGCGAACUCUUCUUACAUCAAAUAUCACAAUUUAAGCUAAAUCACCAACUUCGUCAAGCAGUUAUGAUUCAGGCAGGUUAUCCGGGUGAAACUAACUCUGUUUAA